CCGUCGGCGGACGCCGACGGGGCAGGCGCAGCUCCGUCCAAAGCGCGACAGCCUGCGGGAUGGCCGAAACGCGCAGAAAAAUGGACGCGGCCGCUGGCGAGUCACCAAUAAAUGGAGUCUCGCGCCACGCCGCGCUCUACUAGACUACUGCUGCUACUAGCACAGCGCUGAAACCAGCGGCGGCGAGCUCGAGAGAGAAAGAGAGAGAGCUCCCCGUCAGGAGGCGAUGGCAACUAUGGUGCUCCUGCUGCUCUUGCUGGCCAUGGCGUUCAGAGGAUCAGACGGCUCGUGGUGCGUGUGCCGGCCGGACGCGGCGGACGCGGCGCUGCAGAGGACGCUAGACUACGCGUGCGGGCACGGCGCGGACUGCGCCGCCGUGCUCCCGACGGGUCCGUGCUACAGCCCCACCUCGGUGCGCGCGCACUGCUCCUACGCCGCCAACAGCUACUUCCAGCGGAACAGCCAGGCCAACGGCGCCACCUGCGACUUCGGCGGCACCGCCAACCUCACCGACACGGACCCGAGCUCUGGAACCUGCAAAUACCCUGCGACUCCGAGCGAGGCGGGGGCAAGCGGCAACGCGACCGGCACGGGCGCGUCCUCUCCAGGCUCCGCAAGCAACCCGGCGACAACGCCCAGCACGGGAGGGAGCUUCACGACACCGGUCGCCGCGUUCGGCCCCGUGCCCAGCACCGUCAGCGCCGGCACCGCCGCCGCGUUCGCUGGCCGCCACGUUCUCCUCCUCGCCGUCGUCUCCGUCCUGGCGUUCUUGGCGCGCUAAGUAAAACAGACUCGCUGGAUCACAACACAAGGCGGCCGAGCGCGAGCGGCGUCAGGAAGGGUGACUCUUCCGUGAUACUCCGCGCGCACGAGGGCUUUGGUGUGAGUGGGGGCUUUUGGCUAUUGUUUGUUCUUCUCUUAUUACGCUUCUUGCGGUUUUCUUCUGUUUUUGUUUUUGAAC